AUACGUUACUGAUGUACCGGAACCUUGUGCUACUUAUUAGGACUGAAUGGAUUGAUAUGAAAUGUCUUUUGCGUAUGUAAGAUGAUUUUUCAUUUCUUAAAUGUUUAUCAUCUUGAACAGAGAAAACAUUUAAAUGGAAAACGUCGUAAGCAAUUUUCCGUUUGCAAAAAAAUAAAACAACUACGUACAUGGCAGUAUUGACAGUUCGCAAUUUCGUAAAGUUUUCAGCGACACCUAAACCAACCUAAACUGAUGAAAAGGAUACGUUACUUAAUGUGCAUUGUUUUGCCGCGGAAUUGUUGUAUGUAACUACAUAGUUUCUUAUUAAAUUUUAAACGAUCAAUGGCAAUAUCUUUGCGAUAUACAAUACGAUUGUCGUCGUCGAUAUUUAUGAAAAAUGUUUGUAUAGAAACGAGAAGUAGUAACAAACGAUUCAUCAUGACAAGUCGAUCGAAACUUGACAAAGUUUUAAAUGAUCUCCAAAAGAAUCCUUAUUUUGACAAGUAUGCUGAAAAAAUAGCGAAGUUUCAGAAGACUUGUCCGGAAGAGUUUUUGCAACGUGCCGAAAAUCAAGAAAAGAAAGAACGAAAAGCGAAAGUUGCAGUUCAUUUAACAAGGUCUUCUGUACAAUCCUUGUGGACCUUUCCAUUCUUGAAAACUAAAAUACAAUCGUCGUGGUCUCAUAUUAGUAAAAACAAUUUCUAUGAUAAUGCGAUUAAGAACACAUACAUCACUACACCUAUAUUUUAUGUUAAUGCUGGACCACAUAUUGGACAUCUUUAUACUGCAGUUUUGGCAGAUGCUAUGGCUAGAUUUAAUUCUAUGUUAGGACAUUCUGUAUUUCUAAACACGGGAACAGAUGAACAUGGUACUAAAGUUGAGAAUGCUGCAAAAGCAGCGGAUAUGCUAACGCAUGAAUAUUGCACUGAAAUAUCAUUGAAAUUCCUAGAAAUGUGUCAUGUAUUUGGUAUUAAAUAUUCAGAAUUUAUUAGAACAACUGACCAACGACAUAUGAAUGCAGUUCAUCAUUUUUGGAAUUGUUUAGAAGAAAGAGGGCACAUUUACUUAGGAAGAUAUUCUGGAUGGUACAGUACAUUGGAUGAAACUUUUGUCUCGGAUACAGAAUUAAUAGAAGAGAAAGAUAAAGCUGGAAAUAUUAUACAAGUAUCAAACGAAUCUGGGAAUCCUGUGGAGUGGACCGAAGAAGAUAAUUACAAAUUUCGGCUUACUUCUUUCAAAGAUGAUUUAAAAUAUUGGCUGAAGAAUGAAAAUACAGUACAACCGGCAAUAUAUCGUAAUACGUUGUUGAAUUGGAUCGAAGAUCUACAAGACUUAAGUAUUUCUAGACCUAUUAGCAGAGUGCCCUGGGCAAUUCCUACUCCGAAUGAUAACUCUCAUACCAUAUAUGUAUGGUUUGAUGCAUUAGUGAAUUAUUUAACUGGGGUAAACUAUCCGGAUAGUUCGUUUAAACAAUUUUGGCCACCAUCCAUACAGGUUGUAGGAAAAGAUAUAUUGAAAUUUCAUGGCAUAUAUUGGCCAGCAUUUUUGAUAGGUGCUGGCCUCGAACCACCAAAGAAACUCUUAUGUCACGGGCACUGGACUAUCGAUGAUCUGAAAAUGUCAAAAUCUAGAGGAAAUGUGAUUUCUCCAUUUGAAGCUAUGACUAAUUACACACCAGAAGGUUUAAGGUAUUUCCUCUUGCGUCAAGCGGUACUACAUUCGAAUGCAAACUAUAAUGCUAAAAAAAUUCAGAACUUAUUAAAUGCCGAACUUGCCAAUAACAUGGGAAACUUAAUUAAUCGAUGUUUGGGUAAAAGUAUCAAUCCGAACAGAACGAUACCUUGCCCAAGCACCUAUAUAGAAGUUUUAAAAUCCAAAGCAGCUAUUGAAAAUAUAAAAACUCUGGAAGUAAUAGGUGAAAAAACCAGAGUGUUUUAUGAGGAAUGUCAGUUGCAUAACGUAGUAGAUACUGUCAUGAAUAUGUUACACAUUUCAAAUCAAAUGUUCAACCACCAUAAACCAUGGUGUUUACGCGAAUCUAGUAACUUUAACUCAGCCAAAGAACUCGAAGCUGUGAUAUCUCUUAGUUUAGAAAGUGUACGGGUGGCCGCUACGAUAUUAUACCCAAUAAUCCCAAGAGUAGCUUCUACUAUCCUGGAUUCGUUUCAAAUGCCAAGAUCAAAUCGUAGUUGGAACGAAACAACACCACUUCACAUAACAGAUUCUUUAAAUGGAACAAAUCGUACUGUACUACGAAAUGAAUUGUUAUUUAAAAAAAUAAAUUAAAAAUGUAUCGAGUGGAUUUUCAAUACCAAUUGGUGGGUAUAGAUCGAUGCAGGAUAAGGUUGUAAUAAAACAUUUCAAAUUUAACA